UAAUUUGUAUGUAUUAUCGCUCAGACCACCUAGUCUUGGUCAUGCGAUUUUUUACAAGUAGUAAUGAGAGCCGUUCGCGAGUGCCGUCAUCGUUUUGGACGUAAAAAUUGUUUAUUUUGUUUAAUAUUGAAACGCCAAUAAUACACAUAAUGUAUAAAAAAUUACUAUUUAUAACGUUACCCUACAAUGACAGCAGCUACUGAUUAGGAUAUGCACGCCAUCAUGAACGACGUCGACGAGUCAUCGUACAUACUCAGACAUAGGACACGAGUUAACACAGAGUUCAGGACCGAGGGGAAGGCGGUUGGGUAAAAUAGAUAAAAAAAUAAUACUUACUACACUCCACACCAUUGCCGGUGAUCUCAAACAUAAUAUAUUAUCCGAAUCGACCAGUCAAAUAUUCACCUUCGGCGGAGGACAACUCCAUGCUGGUCGGUCCGGAUGGCGACUGGGGAUGGUACGUGGUGGGUGGCUGCGCGUUUGUCAAUUUCUUGUUGGUCGGUAUGCUCAGGACUUAUGGCCCGAACGUGCUGGAACAGUUUGUGGAAAAAAACCAACUCGGUUACGACAAAGACUAUGGCGCCGGUUGGAUACCAUCUACAUUCAACUUGGCCUUCUAUUUAGCGGGACCUUUAGGAUGUAUUUUAUGCGAACCGAGCUCACACCGCGCCAUUACAGUUUGGGGUGGGCUCCUGGCAUCGACUGGUAUGUUUCUGAGUUCGUUCGCCAACUCUGUACCAUAUUUGUACUUAAGUUACGGCGUGAUGGUCGGUUUUGGAGCCGGUCUAUGUUAUCCGGCCGGUAUACUCAUCGUGAUCCAAUACUUCAACAAACAAAGAGGCUUAGCCGUCGGGCUGUCAAUGGCAGGAACUACUGCCGGGUCAAUAAUAAUGCCGACGUACAUAAAUUACUUGACUAAAUCUUACGGUUGCCGAGGAGCAGUGUUGAUCACCGCCGGCAUCAUGUUGAACGUUAUCGCUUGCGCUCUGAUCUACCACCCCGUCAACGAGUACGGUUAUCCGGUCGACGUUCGUACGCUGGCCGCCGAAGAAGUCUGGCCGCCGCCGGUACAUACGCCGUGCACAUUCUGCUGUCGGUUGAAGAGUGCGUUUGUGAAAAACCGCAAGAGAAAUCGUUACGUUAGAAAGCAAAACUUCAGUUUGGUCGAACUGUGCGUGAAACCACAAUUCUUUGUCGUCACCUUGACCAACGCCGUGUAUUGCCUAGCCCACAGCGUUUUCCAAGCCUCUGCCCUGCCAGCCGAUAGCGAAAGCUAUCCCAGCGAGACGUUGGCUUUUCUCGUGUUCUCCGUGGCCGAUUUAGUGGCUCGCAUAACCGUUCCCGCUCUGCUGGACCAUCUGCCUUUGAACGCGUCCGUGUAUUCGAUAAGCGCUCUGGGCAUCGGCGGCGUGGUCUUGUCCACCGUACACGUUUGCCGCGAGUACAUCCACUACGCGUUUGCGUACAUGUUCGCAUUUGGUCUGGCGUCCGGCACUUUUUUUACAAUGCAAACGUUGCUAAUGAUCGAUUUGCUGGGCCACGAACGGUUGGCCGCCACGUACGCCACCACGUUACUCGCAGAAGGUAUCGCACAGCUGAGCGCCCGACAGUUUUUCAGCCAAUCUCAAUGGUUUCCAGUCAUGUACUCAAGUCUGGGCGCCAACCUAAUCCUGUUGUCCGUCGUAUGGACGUUCUUGUUGUUGUUCGCCACGAAAUUCACAAGACAAAGCAAUUGGUAGCAAAUAGAAAUACUAACCGUUUAAAUAUGUUACAGCGUAAUUGUUUAAGUAAACAAUUAGGCAUAUUAUGUUUUAGCAGACUUAUUAUUGAGUUAAAAAUUUGAUACAAGACUGAAUAAAUGUAUAGUAAUAUUUAUAAUAACUUUAAAUUGUGAAUAUUUUUAAAAUAACAAACUAAAUAAAACUG